GAAUGAACAACCCUAGCUCGAUCUACAUAGUUGACGAUCUACUAGAAGAAAUAUUCCUGCGACUGCCAUUGAAACCCAUCCUCAAAUCCAAAACUCUCUCGAAACGAUGGAGAUCGAUUCUCGAAUCAAAGAAUUUCGUUGGGAGACGCGUGAGUUUUCAAAAGAGCCGUAAGAUCCUAGCUGCUUACAACUGCGACUGCGGCGCGCAGCCGAGGCUCCUCCCAGAGUCGCGGUUCAAAGGGGACGAAGAGAUAGUCUAUCUUCACUGCGACACCAAACGACCCUCGAUAAUGACUUGCGACGGUUUGGUCUGCAUCCCGGAACAAGACUGGAUCAACGUUUUGAACCCUUGGACAAAACAACUCAGGCGGUUCUGUUUCGGAGCGUGGUCGUCCGGUUACUCUCGCGUGAUGGGGUUCGGUAGUGACGAAGUCACAGGGAGAUAUAAAGUAGUGAAGAUGGAGAUAUGGAGUUACAGUGAUCAUUGUGGAGUGGAGUGUAGUGUUCUUGACGUUGAAACUGGUGAAUGGUGGAUGCUGAGUCCACCUUCUUACAAGUUGUUGUGUCCACUUUCUCACAAGCUUUCAAGAAAAUCAGUGUGUGUGAAUGGUUCCAUCUACUGGCUACAACACGUUGGGAGUGGUUACAAGAUACUAGCAUUGGAUCUUCACAAAGAAAAAUUCCGUAACGUAUCAGUUCCGUUGACGCGUGUCACGCAAGAAACACAGAUAGCGAACCUUGAAAACCGUCUAACCAUGGCCGUUACUUAUAGAAACCCUGAAUGGAAACUAGAUAUCUGGAGCAAGGGUAGUAGUAGAUGGAACAUGACUUACUCCAUUAGUUUAGCUGGAAAAGGUGUUCCCUGGGAGAUUCGGAGUAAAGGGUUCACACCGGUGUCGGUUUCUAAGCAAGGGAACCUUGUUUUUACUGACAAUCACAAGAGGCUUUUCAAAUACUAUCCAAGGACAGAUGAGAUCCGUUGUCUCUCCUUAGACACUUGUGUUAUAUCUCCUUUCUUGGAAACUUUGGCUCCACUUCCUUUGAAAUCAACCCUUCCGUUUCCUCAUCCGCGCAGGACAUCCAAGUGCCGUGUGCUUUCGAAACAGGACGAGUUUGGGAUAGUAGAGCUUCUCAUAUCCACUCUAGUAGCUGUUGGUAUUGUUUGGUUCUCUCUCUAGGAGUCUCUACUAAUA